AUUGAUUCAUACUCCUCAAAAAUAGAGAGGAAAAGCUGAAUCAAUUUCUGCUGAAAAGCCCUACUUCUAAAUCAGAUCGGAAGACCGACAUAUCGACGAGAUUCCAUUUGAAUUUUGGAAUUAAAGGAACGGGAGAGGAGCGUGGUUUCGAGGAGUUGAGGGUUCAGGCGAGAUAUGAGUGCACCGAAAAAGAGGAACUUUCAGAUUGGGGCUUUUAAGCAUCGGGUGGUGGUUGAUCCGAAAUACGCAGAGAAGACCUGGAGUAUUAUUGAGCACGCGAUUCACGAGAUUUACAAUCAUAACGCCAGUGGCCUUAGUUUUGAAGAGCUAUAUAGGAAUGCAUACAACAUGGUUCUACAUAAAUUUGGAGAAACUCUCUACUCUGGCCUCGUGUUGACUUUGACUGUACAUUUGAAAGAGAUUUCAAAGUCAAUAGAGGCUGCCCAGGGUGGAUUGUUUCUGGAAGAGCUCAUCCGAAAGUGGGAUGACCAUAACAAGGCAUUGCAAAUGAUCCGUGACAUACUAAUGUAUAUGGACAGGACUUUCAUUUCUAAUACACACAAAACACCGGUUUAUGAGCUCGGACUGAAUUUAUGGAGAGACAAUGUUAUUCACUCCGUCAAAAUCCAAACAAGGCUUCAGGACACACUUCUCAAACUCGUGGAACAAGAGAGGACCGGGGAAGUGAUAAAUAGGAGCUUAAUGAGGAAUAUUACUAAAAUGCUGAUAGAUUUAGGUAUUUCAGUUUAUGAAGACAACUUUGAGAUUCCUUUCCUUGAGGUCUCGGCCGAUUUUUACCAGGUCGAGUCUCAGGGUUUCAUAGAGUCGUGUGACUGUGGGCAGUAUUUGAAGAAGGCUGAGAAAAGGCUCAAUGAAGAGAUUGAGAGGGUUUCUCAUUACUUGGAUCGAAGAAGUGAGGUGAAAAUCACUGCUGUUGUGGAGAGGGAGAUGGUCGAAAUUCAUAUGCAGAGGUUAGUCCACAUGGAAAAUUCAGGAUUAGUGAAUUUGAUUUAUGAUGAUAAGUAUGAUGAUUUGGGAAGGAUGUACAAUCUGUUCAGAAGAGUAUCAAAUGGACUGUCACUACUAAAAGAUGUAAUGACUUCUCACAUUCGAGAAACCGGGAAGCAACUUGUCACCGAUCCAGAAAAGUCAAAGGAUCCUGUUGAUUUUGUUCAAAGGCUAUUGGACGAGAAGGAUAAACAUGAUAGGAUUAUAUGCAAGGCCUUUAACAACGAUAAGAUGUUCCAGAAUGCCCUAAACUCCUCGUUUGAGUAUUUCAUCAACUUGAAUCCCCGAUCUCCCGAGUUCAUCUCUUUGUUCGUGGAUGACAAUCUCAGAAAAGGGUUGAAAGGGGUUAGCGAGGAGGAUGUUGAGAUUCUAUUGGACAAAGUUAUGACGCUAUUCCGAUACCUACAGGAGAAGGAUGUUUUUGAGAAGUACUACAAACAGCACCUUGCCAAACGGCUCCUUUCUGGGAAGACUGUCUCCGACGAUGCCGAGAGAAGUUUGAUAGUUAAGCUCAAAACAGAGUGUGGGUAUCAGUUCACCUCAAAACUGGAAGGCAUGUUCACCGACAUGAAGACAUCACAGGACACCAUGCAGGGCUUCUAUGCGGCUGUGGGUCCGGGUGAACUGUCUAAUUCCCCCACACUUGAUGUCCAGGUCCUCACCACUGGAUCCUGGCCCACACAAUCAGUCACCCCGUGCAACCUCCCCACAGAGAUUCUCGGGGUGUGUGAAAAGUUCAAGUCCUACUACCUUGGGACCCACACUGGAAGGAGGCUGACAUGGCAGACAAACAUGGGGACCGCUGACCUUAAGGCGACCUUUGGGAAAGGACAGAAGCACGAGCUUAAUGUUUCCACAUACCAGAUGUGUAUCCUGAUGCUCUUUAACAAUUCUGACAUGUUGAGUUAUAAAGACAUUGAACAGGCAACAGAGAUUCCCUUGUCAGAUCUUAAGAGGUGUUUGCAGUCUCUUGCUUGUGUCAAAGGGAAGAACGUUCUCCGCAAGGAGCCAAUGAGUAAGGAAAUUGCCAAAGAUGAUUUGUUUUUCUUCAACGACAAAUUCACAAGCAAGUUCUUUAAGGUUAAAAUAGGUACUGUGGUUGCCCAGAAGGAAUCUGAACCAGAGAAACACGAGACAAGACAGAGGGUGGAGGAGGACAGGAAACCACAAAUAGAGGCAGCAAUUGUGAGGAUCAUGAAAUCGCGCAGGGUGUUGGAUCAUAACAAUGUUGUUGCGGAGGUGACAAAGCACUUGCAGUCACGGUUUCUGCCCAAUCCUGUGGUUAUAAAGAAACGGAUUGAGUCUCUGAUCGAGCGGGAGUUUUUAGAAAGAGAUAAAACUGAUAGGAAGUUGUAUCAUUAUUUGGCUUGAUAGAAAAGCUUCACAUCUUGUUGUCUCCUUUCUAUUUUAAACUUAAUCGGGUUUGAUAUGCUUUCAAACUGGUAAAGUGUAAUAUGAGAUGAACUUCUUGAAUCAUUGCAUUUAUUGUUUAGGUACACGUAUAGGCUUGGACUCGG